UGACCGAGACAAGAAAACAAUAAAAAAGGUAGUAAGCCCAUUAAGAAAAGCUUAUACAAAGUAAAGUUUUAAGAAACCCUAAAUGGUACGUCUAGCUUAUAUCUCUAACUCCCUGUUGGCGGUUCAAACACGAGGUUAAAAAAGAUGAUGAAGAACGUGAAGAAGGCGACGCCAGAGUUGGCGACCUCUAAAACGAUCGUGUGGUGGGACAUGGACAGCUGUCCGCUCCCAAAUGGUUAUGACCCAAGUCGAGUCGGUCCGAGAAUAGACACAGAGUUGAAGAAUCAAGGUUACAAUGGUCCGCUCACCAUAAUUGGCAUUGGUAACCUGGAAGGAGUCCCUCAUGAUUUUCUGAAAGCGCUCUCUUCCGGUGGAGUCGUUAUUAAACAGCUUCCACUAGGAUCCGACAUGAUGAGCUGUGUGCGCCGUGCUUUGUUUUCGAGAGAACCUCGUUUUGAACCUCCCUUGUCAAUGAUGCUCAUAACUGCCGUCCAUGCCGAUCUAUUGGAAGAUAUCGUUUGCGUGUUUUUUAAUCGUGGCCCCCGUUACAAUCUUCUGCUGGCUUUUCCAGCCGUUACCGAACAUGCAGAUCCAGAGCCUCCAACCCUACUAGUCGACAACUUUGGUGGAGAGUGGGUCUGGGAUAGGCUUGGCUUACUGAAAGAUCCAGGGUCUGCCAACUAUGAUACCAGAAGACAGGACACAGGCUGUGAAUCGCAUUGUUGCGGAUUAUGCGAUGAUUUUUCUUCCGACAGCUUUGAUGAUUUCAAAGCCCACCUCGACAGUCCCCAACAUGCAGAUAAGAUGCGUGAGUAUCUUAGUUACCUUGCUGGGAGGUUUUAUCGGGUCUUAGAAAAUUUUGAGUCCGCCGUUAGGCUUCAAGAGUCUUAUCUUGCAAAAGUGGAGGCAAAAAGGCGAGAGUUUGUAACGUGGUUCGGCUUGGAUGAUUCUGAUGAUGAGGAUGAUACUCCCAAGCCUCAGAAGGGGAAAAAAUUCAAGGCCGCCCUUCUUUGCAAGUCUUCCUCUCUUAAGAAGAAGUCUACUGCCAAGCCCAAGAAGCCAUCAAAGUCAAAAAGGUUGGAAACUGCAGAAGAAGCCGAGUGUUCCCUUCCAAAGAAUGCUACUACCAUGUCCUCUUAGACAUAUAUGCCUGCUUUGUCUUAAUGAAAUAAUAUAGUUGUCUCUUCUUGUUGUUUUCAACUUUCUGCCUAGCUAAAUACUUUUAUAAACUCCUUGUUAAAUUUCAUCCAUAUCAACUCCUUUGUAAAGGGUGGGCAAACCAAUACCUUUCUAUUGCC